GAAACUUAUUGUCAAUGCAUUUAAUGAAUAAUGAUACUGAAAUAAUUCAUUUCAUGAAAUUGAGAGAAAAUCCUACUUCAAUCUUAAUUUUCAUGUACAGAUAGAAACGGAAUGAGGAGAUUAAGUUUGUCUUGCAAAUGUUAAGAGCUGUAUAGAAUACCAAUCGAUACCUACAUAUUCACAAUGGCAGAAAGUGAUAAUCUCAUUCCUUCCAAUAAUCCCCCUGGCGAGGCCGCCACAGAAAACAGUGUUGUUGAAGCAAAUGGAUCUUCUGAAGAUGCUGUUGAUAUCAAUGCCCAGAUUGAUGAACAACGGCGCAGAAUGCAGCCUACAAAAAUGGAAUCAUUCUUUGCCAUCACAAAGUCAUUGAUAAUUAGAGCAUUAGUGGUUUAUUUUAUCACAUCCAUGUUCCGGCAACCAUCAGCACCUAAGACAGAUCUAAGCAACCCAACUGCUACACCUCGUGUCCCUGCCAUAAAUAUGUUUGCUAAUGGUACAGUAUUAGACAUGUAUUGUUAUGUAUCUGAAAGAGAAUUUUACUCAAACUUGGAUGAUUCAGACUUAAUUUGGAAACAUACUGGUAUUGUUUAUGGUGACUGGCAUGGAGGACCUAAUAAUGAUGGCACAUUCACCCACUCCACCAGUAUCACGCCUUCAGAUGCAUUAAAGAACAAUGGAUCAAUUUAUCUACAUGUAUUUCUGGUACAAUCUGGGAAAUCGCCUGAUCCAAAAAAUAAAAAUAAUUAUGGUGGACCUUAUAUUACCUAUGGGAAAAAGAUGCUCAAUAAGUAUAAAAAGUUAAGGUAUAUGAAGACCCAUAAUUUGCUGACUGGCCAAACCGAAAAAUCAGCUGAAGAAAUAAUCAAAGCUGAGACUCUGAAAGAAGAAAUAGUUUCUCACUGGCAUCCAAAUUUGACCAUAAAUUUGGUCACUGAUCAAACUAAUUGGAUGCAGGGAAGUGUUCCACCUCCAUUAGAUGAAUUCAUUUUCUUUUUACCAGAUGGAAAACAAUACAAGCCUGCUGUCUUCUUGAAUGAUUACUGGAAUAUGAUGCGUGAUUAUGUUCCAAUUAACAAAACUUCUGAGGUUCUCAACCUUGUGUUAACAUUCCAACCACUGAGCCUCUUUAAAUGGCAGCUGUAUACUGCUCAAGCCAUGAGGGACAAAUUAAGCAUGUUCUCUGCACUAGGGGCUGAAGAACAAGAUGAGGAACAGGAUACUGUGAAGGAAUUGCUGCUUGAUACAUCUCCAUACUUACUGGCACUUACCAUUAGUGUAUCUGUGUUACAUUCUAUAUUUGAGCUACUUGCCUUCAAAAAUGAUAUUCAGUUUUGGAAUAACAGGCAGUCACUUGAAGGUCUUUCAGUGAGAUCAGUAUUUUUCAAUGUUUUCCAGUCCACUGUGGUGUUGCUAUACGUACUUGACAAUGAAACAAAUGUCAUGGUCAGAAUAUCAUGCUUCAUUGGGCUACUCAUUGAAGUAUGGAAAAUCAAUAAAGUGAUGGAUGUAAAGAUAAACAGAGAGGACCGCAUAUUUGGGAUACCUAAACUGAGUUUUACUGACAAAGGAUCUUAUGUGGAAUCUAGCACAAAACAGUAUGAUAUGUUAGCCUUCCGCUAUCUCAGCUGGGCUUGCUUUCCUCUCUUGAUUGGAUAUGGCGUGUACUCCUUGUUAUAUCAAGAACACAAAGGAUGGUAUUCCUUCAUCUUAAACAUGAUGUAUGGAUAUUUAUUGACUUUUGGAUUCAUCAUGAUGACACCUCAGUUGUUCAUUAAUUACAAGUUGAAGUCAGUAGCCCAUCUGCCUUGGCGUAUGAUGACAUAUAAGUUCCUCAAUACUUUCAUAGAUGAUAUCUUUGCAUUUGUGAUCAAAAUGCCAACCAUGUAUCGUUUAGGCUGCUUUAGAGAUGACAUAGUGUUCUUCAUUUUCUUAUAUCAGCGUUGGAUCUACAAGGUUGACCACAAGCGUGUCAAUGAAUUUGGGUUCUCUGGUGAGAUGGAACAACAACAAAAACAAGUUAAGAAUGGCACUCCAGCUAUCACAGAAACAGAACAACAGUCUGGAGAUAAGAAGAAUGAUUAAUAUUCAGUUUGAAUUGUAUUUUAGGUAAAGUAUUCUUCAGGAAAAUCACUCUUUAUUACUUGUUUUGAAUAUUUAUACAAAUAUCAAACUCUACAUCUGUAUGCAAAUAGUAUACCAGUACAUAGUUAUGGACAACAUGUGGCAACUAAUGCCAGUAUAAACUCACAAUAUCUUUUCAAAGGUUUACUUUCCAAAUAAAAUACAAAUUCACUUUUAAAUUAAAUAGAAUGUCAGAAUAAGUAAUAACAAAAUAUUUAUAUUUUCCUCAUAAUUAUUUGAGGUUGCUUAUCAAAAUACCCGUUUAGAUAUUGGAUGGCAUGAUGUGAAACUUUGUUUGUGCAAAUAGGAAAAUACAUUUGAAUGUUAUAGUCAUUGUAGUAUGACAUUAUGUAUGGGAAAUCAAAAUUUUAUGUAUCCUAAGCCAGAAGCUUUUGAUAAUUAUAUAUAUUUGUGUAAGUAAUAAAAUACAAAUUAAGGUAUAUUCAGAUGGAAUUAAUUUUAAUUGUAUUUUCCUUUCUGAACAAUUUAUUCAUAUUAAAUUAAAUAAUCGAUUUUAUGUUUGGCUGAAUCAUUUUCACACCACAAUGCCAUUUCAUUGUGUGUUUCCUUGUUAAUUUUGGGCAGCGUUUUCUUGUAAGCAAUAAAUCGUUUGAGUGUCUUCAUUACAUCAAUAGACCGUUUUUAAUAUACUUAGGGCUGAUUUUUCAAUCGCCAGAUAACUUUUAUCUGAAGAAUAUGUUUGACGAUUUGACAGCUUUUGUAUGGAAAAUAUGUCAACCCGCCAUAUUUAUUCCUCAGAUAGAAGUUAACUGAGGAUUGAAAAAUCAGCCCUUAACUAAAUAAACUGUCAUUGCCUACUUUGGAAGAGCAGCAACAUACAAAAAAAAGUACCCAGUUACUUACGUAGGUCUUGAAUUAUUGAUCUAAGUUUUUCUCUCCAUUGAAUAUAGUUUCAUUGUUAUGUUAUUUAUAACUGUUCUAAAAUCAUUAGUGUCAUAAAAUUCGUUUUUUUUAAUGACCAGCGUCACUGUAAACAAGAGAACUAUUUGACGACAUAUAAGAGAUAAAAAGACAUGUUAUCUGUUAGAACUUACAAGUAUUUAUUAUUAUUUAAAUUUAAAUUAAAUGAAUUUGUAGAAUGUUAAGGUUGUGUGAUAUCAUGAUAUAUUUAAUAUCAUAUUUAUCUCGAUUCUUAUGUUACUUCUUUUAUAAUUAUUAAACAGUGUGUAUGUGUUAACAGAUAAUUAUAAAUUAGGAACAGAAUAAUAAUAAAAUAUCGGCACCUGUAAGUAUUAAAUUAAUUAGACUUGUUUUAAUACAACAACGUGAUUUUGUUCGCAUCAUGAGUCCGCGCUGUGUGCUCUAGAUAUACUGUUGACAGUGGAAUUACUUAUCAUGCUCCGAUAGUAGUGUCUUGUACCUUGAUGAAAUAUAUUUUCCUCUUAAUGCUUUUACUUACGAGUGCCGACCUACAUAGCUUACUCUGAAUUUAUAUUUGUCUUCAUAAUGAAAAUUGACUUUAUAAUAAUAUUAACAGUAUUUUUAUCAGUGUCCAUUCCGCAAGUUUUUCUUCCAAAUACUAUUAUUUAAAAAAAAAAAAACAAUUCAUUGUUUGGAGCACAAUAUUGUUUUAUUGCAUGACUAUUACACAUUUUAAUAUAAUAAUUAUAAUUUUAAAUAUCAAUAAAUUUGUUGUUUCAAAUGUA